GCUUCUUCCCUUCACCUACCACCUGGGCACAACACUGCUGUCUUUCAACAUUUGAUAAUUAAUUCCCAGCCUGGACCUCUCCAGCGCUUGUCCAUCUUGUAGCAGAUCGCUCGGUUCGGCCGAUCGCUGAAAACAUCCCUCUCCUCUCCUCUUCAACAAUAACGCUCCCAGGCUGAAGCGGAAGCCGCCACCAACCCUUCAAUGGCUUCCACGGCGCUCAAUUCUGCUUCUUCAUCCUCGUCGACCAACCCUGCGGAUGGAGUGCCCAUCUCCAUCCCCGCACGACCUGCGCACCCCUCCAUUUGCGCAUUCCCCGUCGAGAUCCGCCUCGAUAUCUUCACCCACCUCCUCGACCUCGCCGCCGUCCCGCGCUCCUACGGCUACACCGGGCCCAUACAACGCUCCCCCAAGCGCUCCUCCAACGGCCGCCUCAAAACUCUCCGCGAACACGCCGUGCUUCUCGUCAGCAAGCAACUCUCCUCCGAAUACCGCCAAUGCUUCUACGAACGCACAUCCUUCUUCCUACGCAUCGACGCCACCAACGCGUUCCGCACCGUGCCAGACCUUAGCAUCACCGCUGAACAAGCGCAAACAAAGGGGAUCGGGACUGGGACGCCUAAUUUCUGGAGGGCGCCUGAUGCGCUGCUGGCAAAUCUACGGCAUUGUACGCUUUUCGUUGAGCUAGGGGAGAUAGCAUGUGAUGCAAAGGCUAUACAUAGCCUGAGCCGGAUCACGAGGUCGAAUUUGAGUCUCACAGAUGCGCGCGCUGUGCGCGGCGAGCUGAAGACGUUCCGCUCGCACGCCGAGGUUAAGGCUAAGGACGCAGAGUUCGAUUCGAGCAUCGUUUCUGCCGUUCUCGCCCUUUUAGAGCACAUGCAGCAGCUCCGCAGCGUGCAGCUCGUCUGGGAUACAACGGUCGCGGGCACCAGGACCUCGCGCGCCACGAGCAGCAAUACGAAUUGGACGUGGGAUUUUCUGGGUGCUGUGUUCCUUGACUGUCUGAAGGAGAAGCGGAAUAUGCGCGAGCUUAGAGUCAAGGUCGGCGAUCGGUAUGGUGAUACGGUGUACCAGGGGAAGAAGAUUGACGGAGGGGAGUGGGAAGGUCGCAUAGUGAGGACGGAGGAUGGCCGGAUCCUGUGACUCAUGUCCAGGGAAUUGAAUGCGCGGCUUGACGCUCUUGUUCAAGAGGUGCGUGGCCUGAGAGCGGGGCUAGUUUCAUUACGCUAGGAGACUAGACGGAUGGCUGGUGGAUGGUGUAUCGGCAGAACUGAACUGAUGAAAUAUGGUCUCAUUUUGGGCUUGCACAAUGACCACUAUUGCCAGAGGGAUUCACUUGGAGGAUGAUAGAGAAGCAUAGGGAGAUGAAUAGGCCCUAGUGCGGCGCAUCUGGUGCCUAGGACAGUGCUAAGUGAAAUGUAAAUUAGCAUUGUCAGUUGGAGCCCUGAGGAAU